AUGUCGACUGAAAAGAUCACGAGGUCCAAGUCAUCCGUCAACGAGAAAGAUCCAGAUGCGACAGCGGCUGUUACGCCUGCAAUGUCGACUACAGGAGAAGUAAAGGAGGUCAACACGGAUAAGGACCCUAGCACGCUCGAGAAGGCCGAAGCACCGGCCAAUGCACCAGACGAGUCGGACAUUCUCACUGGCAAGCGUUUGUGGCUCAUUUGGUCUGCAUUCUUGCUUUCUGUUCUCCUCUUUGCCCUGGACAACACGAUCGUCUCCACGGCUCUACCAAAGCUCGCAUCCCACUUUAACGCACUGGAUCAGCUAACGUGGAUUGUCUCCACCUACCUCCUCACUCAAGCUGGGUUCAUCCUUAUAUUUGGUCAAAUCUUGACAAUCGUGUCGACCAAAUAUAUCUACCUGACGGUCAUUGUCCUCUUCGAGGUCGGUUCACUGAUCUGCGGCGUGGCCCCGUCGAUGAAUGUUUUGAUAUUUGGUCGUGCUGUCGCCGGUGUCGGUGCAAGCGGUAUCUUUACUUCCAUCCUUACCGUCGUCUCCUAUGCGACAAAGCUCGAGCAGAGGCCUCUCUUGUUCGGGACCUUUGGAGCAGUUUUCACUUUUGCUAGCGUGGCAGGGCCUCCUUUAGGAGGGGUAUUUACGGACAAGGUUAGCUGGAGGUGGUGCUUCUAUAUUAACCUUCCACUCGGCGCAAUCUCUACAAUAGCCAUCGCACUCCUGCUUCCUCCUCGUCCUCCUGCGCCAAACAAGCUUUACGAUGGCAUGACACUGGGACAAAAGUUUCGCAAGCUCGAUUUCGUAGGCGGGUUCCUGUCACUUGCCAUGAUCACUUUGCUCUUGAUCCCUCUCCAAUGGGGUGGUAACACGCGUCAAUGGAACGACCCAGUUAUCAUUGGCCUUCUGGCAGGGUUUGGCGCAACACUCAUCUUGUUCCUUCUCUGGGAGUGGCGCAUGGGUGACUACGCACUCACACCGUUUAAGAUGUUCAAGAAUCCGACUCAAACGGGCGCGUCCAUUGAACUGUUUUUCAUCUUCUUCGCAUUCCUGACCGCGGUUAUUUACCUUCCAUUCUUGUACCAAGCCAAGGGCCGCACGGCAGUCCAGUCUGGGAUCGACAUUUUCCCUCUCCAGAUCGCGGCUAUUACGGGAACUGCAGUAAGCAGUGGAGCUAUUCGCGCGACUGGUAGAUACAAGCCGUGGCUCAUCGUUGGCCCUUGGUUCGCUGCCAUUGCGGGCGGCCUGCUGUUUACCGUCGAUGUUCACACACCAAAUGCAAAGAUUAUCGGAUACCAAAUUAUUUUCGGGUUUGGUACCGGCUCGGCUUUCCAAAACGCAGUGAUUGCAAUUCAAGCGGAGUUUGACGACCGACCGGAGCUUAUUCCUCAAGCCAGUGCAGUCGCAAGUUUUGUACAACUCGUCGGAGGCACACUAGGAAUUGCCAUCGCCGGGACGAUAUUCGCAAACCAACUUGUCAGUAAUCUUGCUGGUCCAGUUGGCGAUGCGCUCGGUCAUGAGCUCGAGCGCGCCGUCCGGCAGAGUGUCACUGUCAUCUUCAGCCUACCCGAACAAUUACGCCAGCCGGUGGUGGAUGCAUACGUCAAUGCUGUGGCCACCAUGUUCAUUGUGAUUGUACCCGCGAUGGGUAUCGCUGGUUUCGCAGCAUUCGCUAUUCGAGAUGGAAUCUCAAAGAGCGUACAAAGGCUGUGGGAGGUGCCGCUGCAGAGCGACAGCCCCUCAAAUGUCACGUAA